AUGGAAAAGGCUUUCUGUAGGACGAGCAACUCGACAAUCAAUGAUCUAAUCUCAGUGAUCUCUUUAAGAUUCCUUCUGGGAUGCACGAGAAGGCUGAUUGAAGAGACUGGUGAUAUGGGACCUCUGUAUCUUGGAAUCCCCCGCCAAGCGUUGGUCUCUGAUGCUUGUAGGCAAGGUGAUUGGGUAAUGAGACCCCGAGGCAGGAGAGUGUAUGAAGCAUUGUAUACAAAGAUUGAGAACUCUCAGAAGCCAGAGUCAAAUGGAGGUAGAGAUGUGCCAUUAUGGAAGCACGAUGAGGAGAAUUAUAAGGCUCUUUUCUCUACUAGAAGGACUUGGGAUCAAAUAAGGAUACAAGCCCCGGAAGUGGAUUGGCAUUCUAUUGUUUGGUUCCUGCAGGGUGUUCCUCGUCAGGCGUUCAUUGUGUGGUUGACUAUGAAAGACAGAUUCUCAACAGGAGUCCGCAUGAGGAACUGGGGAAUCACCCAAGGAUGA